AUGGACUCAACACACAGCACCAGCCUACGGCCCUCCAGCGGCGGCAGCGACGACUUCCACUCCCGCUUCGACACCCUCUCCGCUUUCCUACACUCGUCCUCCUCCACAGCUGCCGUCACCUUCCCGCCUUCUCAUACACCAUCAAUCUCCUCCUCCGACGGCCACCACUUCUUCGACUACUCCUACCUCGACUCCACCAUCGCUGCCGCUGCUGCCCCUUGGCCUCGCUCCCUCAUCCCCAGCCCCUCCACUCACACCGCUAUCGCUGCCGGCAGCCUGUCAUCGUCGUCGGUGCGACCACCACCCGACCAGUCCAUCGCCGCGGCGACAGCGCCGCGGAGCUCGAAGAAGCGCUCCAGGGCCUCGCGCCGGGCGCCGACGACCGUGCUGACCACCGACACCUCCAACUUCCGCGCCAUGGUCCAAGAAUUCACCGGAGUCCCCUCUCCUCCCUUCGCCGCCGCUGCCUCCGCAUCCCCCUUCGCCCGCUCCCGCUUCGACCUCUUCCACUCUGCCGCCCCUUCUCCUCCCCAUUUCCUCCUACGUCCCUUACCCCAGAAGGUCCGAUCCCCUCCCUCCACCGCUAUUACUAAUCCCGCAACAUCUCGUCCUCCUACUUUGAGCAACACGAUCACUACUGCAGCCGAUGCCAACGGCAACACUAUCACUCCUACCGACAACACUAACUACCGACUACCUUCCCAUGACCUUGGCCAUGGCGGAGGCCGAAGCCAACCUAUUGUGAACCCCCAGAUCCCCAUCCUCGACUUGCAAUCCCAUCUCCAAGCCCCACUGCUCCAGCCAAAGUACAGUCUACCCGCCAUGGCGUCAAGCUUCUCGGCGGGGCACAGCAUGAACGACCUCCGCGGGCUCCCGCCGGGGCUCGUCAACACAAUUGAAGCAGACGGCGGCGAUGACACAACGGAGUUGAGGCCGGUCACUGUUGGUGACUACAGAGGCUGCAAGCCGAACUACCCUACUUCGGACCCGUCAGACUUCAACAGGAACAAUGCAUCGGAGAGCUUCGUGUCGACGAGGCGUGAUGAGGGCAUGGUGGAGUCAUGGAUUCAUUCUUCCGAGUAG